CGACCGCCAAAAAGCUGCAGAAUAAUGUGCGACUGCGAGUGUGGGGAUGAGGGCGUAUCGCCCACGCGGCGGGAGAGCGCAUACGACAUGAUCCGCGUAGACGCUGCCGUCGAGCUGGUGCUACAGCAGACACAACCGCUCGAAGUUGUGGCAGUUCAGGCGCACGAGGCCGACGGAUUCGUGCUGGCCGAGCCCGUUCUCAGCGUCGAGCCGUUGCCUCCUUUCCGGGCGAGCAUCAUGGACGGCUACGCAGUCGUCGCAGCGGACGGAGUGGGCACAGUACGUUCUGGCUCACCAGAAGCCUCCACUAUGGAGAUCUGACCUUGUGAUAAAGUUCCCUGUAGUAGAGCGAAUAGCGGCGGGGGACAUGCCAUCGAGUGCGUUGAAGCAUGGUCAGGUAUCGUACAUUACGACGGGAUCUCCCGUUCCGGACGGGGCCGACGCUGUUGUGAAGAUCGAGGACACGAGCAGUGUCGAAGGCAGUGAGAAACCUGAGCGAGAAACCGCAGUUAACAUCUUGAAGACGGUGAAGGCGGGGCAGAACAUCCGUCCCAUCGGAUCCGACAUCAGUCCGGGCGAAGUGCUGGUGGACGCACACGAACUCGUGUCACCUGCUGAGAUUGGACUAAUGGCGACGGUGAGGAUAGAGAAGGCUUUUUUUUAGUGUAUGGUAGUAUUAACGACGUGCUGCUUGAUGCAGGCGGGAAUCACUGAAGUGCAGGCGCACCGGAAGCCUGUGGUUGGCGUUCUGUCGACGGGUAGUGAGCUCGUUGAAGCUUUUCAGGGGACGACUACGCCUGGAAAAAUUCGAGACAGCAACCGUCCAAUGCUGCUGGCAUUGCUGAGUAGUUGGGGAGCCACGGCUGUUAAUUUAGGCGUGUGCAGUGAUAAGAAACAGGCUCUGAAGGAUACUAUACUGACGGCACUGGAGAAGGUUGACGUGCUGAUCACAAGCGGUGGCGUUAGUAUGGGAGAGCACGACCUCAUCAAGCCUCUACUGGAAGAAAUGGGUAGCGUUCACUUCGGAAGACUGCUAAUGAAGCCCGGAAAGCCCACGACGUUUGCUACAUUGGAUGUGCAAAGAAAGAAGAAACUAGUGUUUGCUCUUCCAGGAAACCCAGUGAGCUCCUUCACGACGUGUCAUCUGCUUGUUCAUCCCGCACUAAAGCGCCUUCGUGGACUUCCGAUCUCGAAGUGCCACCAUACUAAGGUGUACGCGACACUCACGCAUCCGAUCAAGCUGGAUGCAGAACGUCCUGAAUUUCAUCGGGCAAACCUGGUAUGGGACAGCAAGCAGCACAAAUUUCUAGCCACCAGCACUGGUCGACAAAUCAGCUCUCGCUUGCUCAGUUGCCGUCAUGCGAAUGCUCUGCUGUGCUUGCCAACGGGGACCGAAGUGCGUGACGGCGAUGCUGUUGCCGCUCUCGUUCUGGAGAGCUCCUUUGGAAAUGCCACGGGUGUCGUCUCAGCCACGCCCAUACUGAACCAAAGUGCUGUAUCUUCGACCCACGUACAUACGACCAACGAAAAACCGAGUGUUCCCAAGAAGGUUUUUCGCGCUGGACUCUUAACUAUUAGCGACCGUGUAUCUGCUGGCAUCUCAACCGACAUGAGUGGGCCCGCGAUGGUUGACGUGCUGCAACAAGUUGACAAGGUGCAAAUGGAUGUGGUGGCCAUUAAGGUUGUGCCUGAUGAUGUGGAUAAAAUUCAAGCGGUGGUGAAGGAUUGGGCAGACUCGGAUACGGUGGAUCUGAUUUUGACUUCAGGAGGCACAGGCUUCAGCCCUCGCGAUGUCACCCCAGAGGCUAUAAAGGCUGUGCUAGACAAGUAUAUUCCAGGAUUCCCUAUUGCAAUGCUCGAGAGCUCGCUAAAGAUCACGGCCAAGGCUGUGCUGUCUCGGCCUGUGGCAGGUAUUCGUAAGAACACGCUGAUUGUAACGCUGCCGGGGAAGCCGAAGGCGGUCGUAGAGAAUUUCUCUGCGAUUGCUGAAGUCUUACCACAUGCACUGCAUCUUGUCCGAGAUGUACCGCACGAGCAUCAUCGCGCAAAUCCGAGCUCGCUCUACACUUGAUGACAACUCGGAGCACUGUCGAUGAAUAUUCGAUACCGUGUUUUUACUUUUCGUACUAAAAGUUAGCAUAUAGCUUAUUCAAUCGCGAUGAAAUGAAUAAAAACCACCAAUCUGUUUACCAGUAACAUAUCAA